AUGGCAAUAUAUGAACUGGAUCCCGAUGUUGUUUGCUGGGGUCUUCAUCUCCUAGAUGAUUGCACACUUUCCCACCAUUAUUCGCCUAGUAUUGUAACUCAAUAUGAUCCUGAUUUAAGUCAAGUUGAAUAUGUUACAGAAGGCUUUUGUCAGCAUCAGUAUGUGGAUAGUGACGAGGCUGUUGCACAAGCUUAUCAAGAAGAAUUAUGGCAACUUGUUUCUAUGGUAGCUUCUGGGAAUGAUAACUUUGGUGAGUCCCAUAAUAUGAAAGAAGUGGGGAAUUAUGGUCCAACUCCAAGUGAAAGAAAAAAUGGUGUGCAUGAAAAUAAUGUUUGUGGUUCGUCUUCUGGAUCAGUAGAGGUACCUACUACUUCUACUAGUGAUGACUUCUGGGAUUCAUUGGAAAUAUCGGAUGAAUCUCUAGAUGGUGAAGUUGGCAAAAGAUUAAACCAAAUGGUUCCCAUUCCUGUGAAGGUUGGUGUUGGUGAAGUUCGAGAUGCUGAUGCUCGAGACCUUAUACCCACUCAAGAGGAUAAACAGAGAGUUGAAGAACUCACAAAACCUCUAGAUAGGUUGAAACCUUAUGGUGUUCCCCUAUACUAG